UCCUCUCUCCCUCUCACUUUGUGGCAAAGAAACGGAAGGACAACCCCCGUCCUCUCCCCUUCACCCCCCACCCCCACCCAUACACUCUUCCAAUCUACAACUUCACGCUCACCAGCCCAAGCGUACACCCCUCCUCCCCCUGCGUGCCACUUUGUGUUCCACGAAAACGAUCGCUUCCUCUGCGGUUGGCGCAAAAAAUUCCUCUCUCUUUGCUGCUUUUUGCACACCUCGAUUCCCACGUCGGCACAUGACCUGUCACACUCUGCACGGCCUUCUCCGGCUUGUGCUGGUAGUGGCCAGCAUUUUGGCCAUGGUCCAUGCGGCUCCAUCUACGUCGUCGUCGUCGUCCGUCACUUACGGUAUUGGAACUGCCUCCUGGAGCGGAAACUCGGUCGGUGACGUAGACUGCUGCGGCGACUCGCGGACGUCCAACUACCGCAUCUUCACUGGCUUUGGCAUCAACGUCCCUCUCGGCCAUGCUGUCGACGGCAUCUCAGUCUCGGCUCUUUGCACGCGGUCCAUCAACGGCUUCUCGUCGGCCUGGUUCAAGGACUUUUCACUCCGCACCACCUCUGGCACCAUCGUCCAGGGUGCCGGUGUCAAGACGCUCAACUCGCUGCUAGGCUCGACUAGUACAAAGACAGCCGGCUCGUCGACUGACACCUGGGGCAUGACAGGCUCUCCAUCGCAGAUUCGCUCGGCACUCAACUCGGCCUCGUUUGGUGUGGCUGUCCGAGUCUAUGGCUAUGCCGAGUCGUCGUCGUCAGGGCCGUCGGGCCCCGGCAGCUCAGGCCCUAUUCAUAUUGAGUUUGCCCCUGAUCAUUCGUCUGAAGCCAGGCUAGAUUCAGACGCCUAUGGUGAUGUCGGCGCGGCGCCGGAGCGCAAGGUUGCCACCCGCUCUUUUGGAUCGUGGACUGUCAACAUUGCAGAAACCGCCGUCUCCAUCUCCAUCUGGACUCGCCAGCUCACCUGCGCCGCGACCGGGCCGUGGCAGACGACCAACGCCGGCUCAACUCACAACGUCGGCUGCUCUGCCGGUUACACUGGUACCUAUUCGCGGUACUGCAACACCAAUGGCGAGUGGAACACGCCUACGGAUACCUGCACCAAAAUCACCAACUACUGCACUCUCCUUACUGCGCCGUCCAACGGCAUCCUCACCGCCUCAUGCUCCAGCCAGCGCUCGAUCAACGAGGUCUGUGGCACUUUUCAGUGUAACUCCGGAUACCAACUGUCCGGGUCGGCGUCGCGGACUUGCAACGCCGGACCGUCGUGGUCCGGCUCGGCCGCAUCGUGCGUCAAGAUCACCAACUACUGCUCACUCCUCACGGCCCCAUCCAACGGCUACAUCACUUCGGGCUCGUGCUCUGCGCAGCGCUCCAUCGGCGAGUCAUGUGGGACGUUCCAGUGCAACGGUGGCUACAGCCGCUCUGGCGAUGCGUCGCGGACGUGCAACGUGGGACCGUCGUGGUCCGGCUCGGCAGCGUCGUGCGGACUCAUCACCAACUACUGCCCGCUCCUGACCGCACCGGCCAACGGCAUCAUCACGACCUCGUGCACCUCCAAGCGCUCGGUCGGCGAGUCGUGUGGCAACUUCCAAUGCAACAGCGGGUACCAGCUGAGCGGAUCGAUGUCGCGGGCGUGCCAGUCGAACGCGGCGUGGGGCGGGUCGGCCGCGUCGUGCUCUCCCAUUCCUGACUAUUGUCCGUCACCGCCGGCUGCUCCGUCCAACGGCGUCCAGGGCUCAUGCUCGCGAACGGUUGGUGGCACUUGCUCGUACUCUUGCAACACCGGGUACAAUCCCGGCGGCGGCAUGACCAUCACCUGCCAGUCCAACGGCGCGUGGUCCGGAUCGCCUGCUGCCUGCAACCCGACAGCCGACUACUGUCCCGCGCUCACGGCACCGACGAACGGUAAUGCUCCGGCCUCGUAUUCGCGGACGAUCACCUCUGUCGCCUCCCCGUACACCUGCAAUGCAGGCUACGAUCUCUCCGGCUCGGCGUCGCGGACGUGCCAAUCUGACGGGACGUGGUCAUCGACAACGCCGACGUGCGUUCUCGACACGUCUUACUGUGGGGCUCGCCCCGCGACCCCGGCCAACGGCAACGCCGGCUCGUGUGGAUACUCGAUCGGCGCGUCUUGCACCUACGGGUGCAACAAUGGGUAUGAGCCGUCAGGCUCGAUGACCGUCACCUGCAACUCGGGCGGUGCGUGGUCCGGGAGCCCUUCGUCGUGCACGUCCAAGACCAACUACUGCCCGGCACUGACCAACCCGACCAACGGCCAGGAUCCUUCGUCGUACUCGCGGGCGCUCGGCCAGGUGGCGUCGCCGUACACGUGCAACUCGGGCUACAUCGUGACUGCGGGCUCGACGUCGCGGACGUGCAUGGCCAACUCUGCUGCAUCGGGGGUGUGGUCCGGCACGACGCCGACGUGCUCGAUCGACAACGCGCACUGUAGUACGGCACCGGCGCCGCCGGCCAACUUUUUCAUCGACACUUGCUCGGCUGCCCAGUUUGGCGAGUGCAUCUACAAGUGCAACAACGGCUACACCAACAGCGGCGGAGACCGGUACACGUGCCAGCCAGACAGAUCCUGGGCCGGUAGCCUCGGGAUGUGCUCUCUCACCAACAACUACUGUCCGGCGCUGACGAUCCCGGCCAACGGCAACCGCGGCGCGUGCUCCGGCCAGCUCGGCUCGAUCUGUGGUCCGGUCACCUGCAAUGCAGGGUACUCGAUCUCUGGCUCGGCGUCGCGGACAUGCGAGGACGCUGGGGUGAGUGCGGGAACCUGGAGUGGCACGGCGACAAGCUGUGCGCUCAUCACCAACUACUGUACGCUUCCGAGUACGCCGAGCAACGGUGUGCUGGGAGCGUGCACGCGCUCCAUCGGCGGGAGCUGCACGUACACGUGUGGCAACGGGUACGAGACGUCCGGCACGACGACGAUCACCUGCCAGUCGGGACCGACCUGGUCGGGCUCGUUUGGCACGUGCGUCAAGACGAGCGGGUACUGUCCGGUCGAGUCGGCGCCGGCCAACGGCGUGGCGGGGACCGGGUGCACGGGCCAGAUCGGGACGUCGUGCGGGCCGGCGAGCUGCAAUGCCGGGUACAACCCUUCGGGGACGGCGACGCGGACAUGCAACGCCAACAACGCGGUGAGUGGGACGUGGAGCGGGACGACGCUGACGUGCGCGAUCGACCCGGCUUACUGCACGACGCCUGCGGCGCCGGCCAAUGGGGCGAUUGGAUCGUGCCCGCUCUCGAUUGGGUCGUCGUGCACCGCGUCGUGCUCGAACGGAUACUCGACAGGCGGGCUGACGUCGGUGACUUGCGAGGCCGGUCCGGCGUGGUCGGGCGUGUUUAGCGAUUGUGCGACGUAUGCUGGGUACUGUGGCGCGCUGCCGCAGCCGUCGAAUGGAGUGAUUCCAGGCUGCACAGGCAUGCUGGGAAGCUCCUGCGGGCCUGCGAGCUGCAACGCCGGCUACAAUCUGGCAGGCGACGCGACGCGCAGCUGCAUCGACAACGGACCUGGGCAGGGAUGUGGUCAGGCACGGCUUUACACGUGCGACAACGGAUACGAGGUGUCUGGAACCGGAACGAUCACGUGCUCGGCCGGACCUACGUGGUCGACGUCGUUCGGGACGUGCGUCAAGAGCGCCAACUACUGCCCGGCACACCCGCCGCUGGCCGACGGCAGCAACCCGUCGUGCACCGGCGAGAUUGAUGAGGUCUGCGGGACGUUCACCUGCAAUCCCGGCUACGCGCUGUCCGGAUCGGCCGAGCGAACUUGCCAGGUCAGCGGUCCGGCCGUAGGCGUGUGGUCGGGGACCGCGCCGUCGUGCGUGGUUGAUGGUGACUACUGCCCGGUUGGCCCAAGUGCGCCCGGGAAUGGGACGCAGAAUGCUUGCCCGAGGUUCUUGGGCGCACAGUGCGAGUACUCGUGCAAUGCGGGGUACACCAACACCGGAUCAUCGGCGCUUUCCUGCGCUGUUGGCCCAAUGUGGACCGGGACGCCGGCCAGCUGUGUUCCAUUUGACAACUACUGCGCGGUGAGGUCGUCGCCGGCCGACGGAUUUGCGCCUGUGCCGGCGUGCAAGAACCGCAUCAACGAGUGGUGUGGCCCGUUCACGUGCGCGCCGGCGUUCACGCUGUUUGGCUCUGAGUAUCUGUUGUGUGGGUCGGACGGAAACUGGAUCGGUGUUGACCCGUUCUGCUCGUCGACAGACCCAGCGCUCUCGCUGGUGUACUCGGAGAAGCAUGUCACGGUUUCGGCCGACGGCCCGGGCUGGCGGAUCGAGAUCGAGCCGCGGACGUCGUUGAACGACACGGUGUCGAACUCGCAGGACGUGGUGGCUGUUCUCUUUACGUCGACAGCGGUGUCGAUCAGCGCGCCAUCAGUGGCACCGGCCGCAGUGUGGAACGAGGCACUCAGCCGGUUCUUUAUUGAGCUUACGCCCAAGGUGAAGGCCUCGUACUCUCUUAACAUUGUGCUCAACGGCGUUGUUAUUGGCGACUCGCCGUACACUCUGGUUGUCGAGGCUGGCGUUCCUGCAGCGCCAACGACGGUGGCGACUGGCCGCGGGCUCGGCAUUGUUGUGACCGACGACGAUUUGUUCUCGCAGAACGAAGUUGUCCGGUUUGCGGUCUUCCCGCACGACCAGCACGGUAACGUGGUGCCGAUGGCGAGCAACCCGGCGACAACGCCGUACGUGGCGACGCUCAAGGGCGCCGGCUUUACCGAGGGUGACGUUCCGAUUGUGUAUCUGGCGGGCGAGUCGGGACCGACGACGGGCUACGUGUACGAGUACUCGGUGCCGAUCGGCGGGCUGCUGACACUCUCUGUGACGCUUGACGGGCUGGCCAUUGCCGACUCGCCGUGGCUGGUCCAGGUGCGUGCAAUUUGCGAGCCUGGCAAGCAGGCGCUUCAGAUCACGGGCCCAUGCGUUCCGUGCGAGAAAGACUCGUACUCUGCGCCCGACGGGCGCGAGUGCUUGUUGUGCCCGGACUUUAUGACGUCGCCGUCGUCGUCAGGAUCGAUCGGCAACUGCACGUGUGUGCGUGGAUACUUUGAGAACCUGGCUGUGGUGGGCGCUGAUCCGAGCAAGCGGCAGUGCGACGCGUGUCCUGUAGGCGCAUCGUGCGCAGGCGGCAACGCGCGGCCGAUUGCGGAUCCCGGGUACCACCAGGUGGGUGACGAGUUUGUGUCGUGCCCACAGCCGUCGGCGUGUGUGGGUGCCGGGCGGUGCGCGUUGGGAUACAAGGGGCCGUCGUGCACUGACUGCACCUCGGGCUACUACCGGCUGGGGACCAAGUGUUACAAGUGCAACAAGGCGCAGGCGGCGCUUGUUGCGGCUGGCAUUGCGUUUUUGCUGCUGCUGUUUGUGGCGGCGCUGGUGUACCUCAACACGCGCGAGUCGCACAACCGGAUGUACACGGCAGCGGCGUUUAUGAUCGGUUUCAACUCGCUGCAGAUCUCGGCGAUGUAUGGAGAGAUUGAGCUGCGUUGGCACCCUGUGGCGGAGCAGUUCUUCAACAUCCUUUCGAUUGCCAACCUCAACAUCGAGCUCACCUCGCCCGAGUGCUCGUUCAGCGUGGGUGACCCGUGGUUGGUCAAGUGGGUGAUGAUGCUGCUGCUGCCGAUUUUUAUGGUGCUGAUGCUUGCUGUUGUGUUUGGGCUCGGGCUGGCGUACAGGCUGUUCACCAAGACGAUUGGCGCCAAGUGGUCCGAGAAGCACCCGUCGUACUUCCCUGGCGGCGACGGGUUCUACGACGCCGGUGGUAAGCUGCCGCGGUCGCUGGCGACCAAGUUCCGGAUCGGGCGGCUGUUGUCUGAGAGUCUGCUGACGCCUGCGGCGCUGCGGCAAGCUGUGAUGCGGACGUUCUUCCAGCUAUUCAUUUUCUGCUACCUGCCUCUGACUGCGUCUGUCCUGCGGUUCUUCGAGUGCAAGCGCCGUGCACCGGGCUCAUCCGAGUAUGUCUUGGCGUCUGCGCCGUCUGUUGCUUGCUUUGACUCGCGGUACUGGAGCCUGUUCUGGUUGGCGCUUGCCGGCGGUGCAGUGUACGCGCUGGGGAUCCCGAUGUUCACGUUCGGCCUGCUGUACAAGCGCAAGCAGAGCCUGGACGAGCUCAACUUUAUUCUCCGCUACGGAUUCCUCGUGGCACGCUUCCGCGAGAAGCUGUACUACUUUGAGAUCACGAUCAUGGUCCGCAAGCUCCUUGUGGUUGCAGCGGUGGUGACGUUUGGCACGCCGGUGCAGGAGGCGAUCAUGGCGGCGCUUGUGCUUGUUGUCUCGCUCUGCGUUGUCUCGCACUGGAUGCCAUACCUCAAGCCGUUCCACAACCGGCUUUCGAUGGGGGCUCUGCUGACGUCGUGCGUUGUCCUGUUUGGCGGGACUGUCGACUCGAACCGGCUCCGCGACACGCUGGUCCUCGGCGGACUUGCGGCCAACGUGCUGGUCAUUGUCUAUGGCGUACUCGUGGAGUCGCGCAAUCUCAUGGUGCGUGAGGCGGAGGACAUCAUGGAAGUACUGGAGAUGCAGGACGACUUUGAGAUGUCGACGUUGGCGAUCCAUGAGGACGAGGACCAGAGCGUGCGUUACAUGGCAUGUGGCGAUGGCGGGUAUGGUGGGUCGUCGCAAGGUGGCAUGAGCUCGUCGUCGAUGAUGACGACGUCUGUUGUCGGGUCGUCGGUGCUCCAUCCGUCCGAGUCGAUCUUUGUGUCGCAAGCCGGCGUGCAGGAUGACGACGACUUUGCAGUGCCACAGAUUGGCAGUGGACGUGAUGCGCCGGCGGCACCGGGAGUGGGAGCUGUGGGACCGGGCGGGCGUGUGAUGGCACCGGCGCUUCCGCCGCGCGAAGUGACUGCGCCGGCGGCUGCUGGCCCGCCCAAUCCGUCUGCCGGCCCGCCGAAGCCCACGCCGUCGCCGAUGAUCAACCCUGGACCGCCGCUGCCGCCUUCAGCGAUGGCAUCACCGGCUGCUGCUCCGAUGCCCGGCCCUCCUUUGCCGCCGCCGCCAGCUCCAGCGCCCAAGCCGGCGGCCAAGCCUGCCGCACCCCAAGCCUGA